AUGGAGGACCAUGAGGAGAUGGAACCUGAGCCACAACAGAAAGAAGAGGUGUCAGUCAUUACACCCCACCAGCAACAACAACAACAACAACAACAACAGCAGCAGCAGCAGCCCACGGACCCAGCGUCCCCUACUGUGGCCACCACUCCUGAACCUGUCCCCAUGGUAGGAGGGGACAAGACGUCCCCCAAGACUGCCGGUACUGAGCCGGAGUAUGAGGUAAUCACACAGUGUAGCAAUUACAUAUCAUGUAUACCACUUAGCAGACAGUCAUCCACCAGACACUGACUGAUAGUACAGUGAGUACAUUGGGAAGCUGAGGGGGUUCUCCUGGUGGUGUUGUUGUUGUUGACCGUUGUUGUUGUUGUUGUUGUUGUCCUGUAGGACGGGCGGGAUUUCGGCAUUGGGGAGCUGGUAUGGGGGAAGCUGAGGGGGUUUUCCUGGUGGCCUGGUCGUAUUGUCUCCUGGUGGAUGACCGGACGCAGCCGAGCUGCCGAGGGGACACGAUGGGUCAUGUGGUUCGGUGACGGAAAAUUCUCAGUGGUGAGUAAAAAACUGUAAAACAGCACAACAGUGUCGUGUUCAGUAGGCACCAAACAGAUGAAAACAGAGUGGAACUGGAAGGGACUACCUGGAUUAAUUUGUCCAUUUUCAGUUUCCGUUUUAAAACGUUUUGCUACAGUGUACCCUACCGAACACCACCUGUUAAAACAGCAUUUCUAUUCCACUAAUGAAUAAAAAAAUAAAAAAAUAUCAAUGACUCUUUUCCUACAGGUGUGUGUAGAGAAACUGUUGCCUUUCAGUUCCUUUGCCAACGCCUUCCACCAGCCCACCUUCAUCAAGCAGCCCAUGUAUAAGAAAGCCAUCUACGAGGUGCUACAGGUCAGUACGGGGUUAGCUUUCAUUAUGUCUCAUUCACAGCAUUCAGUCGUUUCCCAUCGCAGUCUUCGCAGCGGGUUAAAAGGUGGAAAUUACGUCAUUAUUACCAGUUCACAACUAGACCUGGAUUAUAAUCUGGUUGAAAUGGAUUAUAAUCUGGUUUUAAUGGAUUAUAAUCUGGUUGUAAUGGAUUAUAAUCUGGUUGUAAUGGAUUAUAAUCGGAUUGUAAUGGAUUAUAAUCUGGUUGUAAUGGAUUAUAAUCGGAUUGUAAUGGAUUAUAAUCUGGUUGUAAUGGAUUAUAAUCGGGUUGUAAUGGUUGUAGUUUGAUUGUGAUAAUGUCAUGUCAACCAGUUUUGUGCGCUGGGAGGGAUAGCUCAAAGAUACAGCACAUCUCAAAACCUUAGACCAUGGUUAGGCAACUAGAUUCAGCCGCGUGCCGAGUUUUGUCUGAGGGGAAUUUUCGGGGGGCCGGAACAUAGUUAUAAUAAUUUUGAACACUGCAAAUUUACCACAACUAAGCCCAAAAAGAGAUUGUAUUUGAAAAUAAAAAUCAUUCCAUACCUUGAUUACAUUGAGACACAAUCACGUCUCUUUUUUUAUUUGUGGGAAUAGUUGGGAACAGAUUUCCUAAAUUAAACAAAUUUGAAGAUGAAUUCCUGGUGAUUUAGUCUUUUUUGACCAAUAGCUAACCCCCCCACAUUUCUUUUUACAAAAUAAAUCACUGCCCGCGGGUCGCCUGUUGUCGACCCCUGCCAUACAAUUAGUCCUUUUACCUCUAAUUAGUCCUUUUGGAAGUUUUUCUUGGUAAGCCAUUCCCCUGCCAUAGACUGUUGAAAGAGGCAUCAAAUCCUCUAGAAUGAUGAUGUCAAUGUGCCAUUGAGCAAGGCACUUAACCCUAAUUGGGUCCAGGUCCGGUGUUGAUAAUGGCUGACCCUGGCCGUGACCCACUCUCCAAGGGAGUCACAGGGGGAGUUGGGAUAUGCAAAAAACACAUUUCCAAUUCACAUGUGUAUAAUACUCACUUGUGAAGUAAGAGAAAUAAGCCACCAAAUUAUAAUAAUUAUUAUUAUUAUUAUAGAAUGGCUCCAAGAAGAUCUACUCUACUCUCGCUUAUAAUGCCUACUGUAAGUCACUCUGGAUAAGAGCGUCUGCUAAAUGAAUAAAAUGUCAAUGUAAAUACCUACUAGUAUACAUACAUACAGUGCAUUCGGAAAGUAUUCAGACCCCUUGACUUUUUCUACAUUUUGUUACGUUACAGCCUUAUUCUAAAAUUGAUUAAAAAACAUUUUGCAAAUGUAUUUCAAAUUAAAAUAUAUCACAUUUACAUAAGUAUUCAAUCCCUUUACUCAGUACUUUGUUGAAGCACCUUUGGCAGCGAUUACAGCCUUGAUUCUUGUUGGGUAUGAUGCUACAAGCUUGGCACACCUGUAUUUGGGGAGUUUCUCCAAUUCUUCUCUGCAGAUCCUCUCAAGCUCUGUCAGGUUGGAUGGGGAGCGUCGCUGCACAGCUAUUUUCAGGUCUCUCCAGAGUUCGAUCGGGUUCAAGUCCGGGCUCUGGCUGGGCCACCCAAGGACAUUCAGAGACUUGUCCCAAAGCCACUCCUGCAUUGUCUUGGCUGUGUGCUUAGGGUCGUUGUCCUGCUGGAAGGUGAACAUUCGCUCCAGUCUGAGGUCCUGAGCGCUCUGGAGCAGGUUUUCAUCAAGGAUCUCUCUGUACUUUGCUCCGUUCAUCUUUCCCUCGAUCCUGACUAGUCUCCCAGUCCUUGCAACUGAAAGACAUCCCCACAGCAUGAUGCUGCCACCACCAUGCUUCACCGUAGGGAUGGUGGCAGGUUUCCUCCAGGUGUGACGCUUGGCAUUCAAGCCAAAGAGUUCAAUCUUGGUUUCAUCAGACCAGAUAAUCUUGUUUCUCAUGGUCUGAGAGUCCUUUAGGUGCCUUUUGGCAAACUCCAAGCAGGCUGUCAUGUGCCUUUUACUGAGGAGUGGCUUCCGUCUGGCCACUCUACCAUAGAAGCCUAAUUGGUGGAGUGCUGCAGAGUUGGUUGGCCUUCUGGAAGUUUCUCCCAUCUUCACAGAGUAACUCAGGAGCUCUGUCAGAGUGACCAUCGGGUUCUUGGUCGCCUCCCUGACCAAGGCCCUUCUCCCCCGAUUGCUCAGUUUUGCCGGGCGGCCAGGUCUAGGAAGAGUCUUGGUGGUUCCGAACUUCUUCCAUUUAAGAAUAAUGGAGAUCACUGUGUUCUUGGGGACCUUCAAUGCUGCAGAAAUGUUUUGGUACCCUUCCCCAGAUCUUGACACAAUCCUGUCUCGGAGCUCUACGGACAAUUACUUCGACCUCAUGGCUUGGUUUUUGCUCUGACAUGCACUGUCAACUGUGGGACCUUAUAUAGAAAGGUGUGUGCCUUUCCAAAUAAUGUCCAAUCAAUUGGAUUUACCACAGGUGGGCUCCAAUCAAGUUGUAGAAACAUCUCAAGGAUGAUCAAUGGAAACAGGAUGCACCUGAGCUCAAUUUCGAGUGUCAUAGCAAAGGGUCUGAAAAAUGUAUUUUUUUCUCAAAAAGAUAGGAGUACAAUUUAUUGACACCCCGUUUUCAAUACCUUUCAAUAGCUCACCUUGCGAGGAUAACAGCACUGAGCCUUUUCUAAAAUGUUUUAUUAGUUGGAUAACACUUUGGGAGGGAUCUUAGAUCAUUCCUCAAUACAGAAUACAUCCAGAUCCUUGAUAUCCUUUGUCUGCGCUUAUGGACUGCCCACUUCAAUUCAAACCACACGUUUUCAAUGGGUUUCAAGUCCGGAGAUUGAGCUGGCCUUUGGAAAAUUUAGAUUUUGUGGCCAAUUAACCAUUUAUUUGUGGAUUGUGAUGUGUGCUUGGAGUUAUUGUCUUGCUGGAAGAUCCACUUGCGGCCAAGUUUCAGCCUCCUGGCAGAGGCAACCAUGUUUUGGGCUAAAAUGUCCUGGUACUUGGUAAAGUUCAUGAUGCCGUUGACCUUUACAAGGACCAGUGGAAGCAAAAUAGCCCCAUAACAUCAAAGAUCCACCACCAUAUUUUACAGUAGGUAUGGGGUUAUUUUCUAUUGUGCGUUCUCAUUUAGACGCCAAACCCUCCAAAAAGCUCUAUUUUCAUGUCAUCUGACCAAAACAUCAGUUCCAAUCCAAGUGCCAAUGCCGUUUAGCAAACUCCAGGCGUUUACAUUUGUUGAAUGACAUGAAAAUAUAGCUUUUUUACUUCUUAAACAAAACAAAGCAAUUGUAUUAGUAUGAAAUAAUUUAAUUUCCCCAAAAAUGUUUACAUACAAUAUUGCUCAGUAUUUUAUUUAUUUAUUUUAUACAGUCAUUUUUGCUCAUCUUUAUCAAGGGUGUCAAUCAUUUCGGACCCCACUGUACACACACACACACACACACACACACACACACACACACACACACACACACACACACACACACACACACAAACACACAAACACACAAACAUGAUGAUAACACUGACAGGUCAUGUCUCUUUGCAGGUGGCUAGCACCCGAGCAGGCAAAGCCUUCCUAGCCUGUCCAAAGAGCGAUCAGACAGACACCUCCAAGUCAGUGGAUCUACACAACAACCAGAUGAUAGAUUGGGCUGUGACAGGCUUCCAACCCACCGGACCCAAGGGCCUAGAGCCACCAGACGGUAAGUUAAAAGUUUCAUGUUUAUUUGACAAUGAUUUGUAGUGAAUAUAUUGGAAACCACCUGAGCAUAGAGCCAUCUGAGGGCAAGAGGAGCUCAUAACAUGUUAAAAGCCUACAUUAUGAAGGCUCAUACAUACAAUACCAUUGUAGUGUCCAUGUUACAGUGGCCAAGGGAAAUGUGUUUUCUGCUCCGUUCUCAACCCCCACCCAGACAGCACACAUCACACACAGUUGAGAGAAGCACAGGGCCAGGCUGCGGCUGGAGAGCAUGUUGUGGGGUUAAAGGCCUUGUUGCUCGCCGGCCCAACUGUAGGGGAAUGUCUUUAGGAUGUGAUCCCAGCAGCCCUCCAGUUGCCAGAUCAAUUCCCCCCUUUUUUCCAGCGCCCGGCCCGGGAUUCAGACCGGCCACCUUGCGGCUACAGGUCCAACUCCUUAGCCGCUGGGCUACCUACCGCCCCUACCUACCUACACGCUUAUAAACAAGUAAUAAACCUAUAUACCGGCAGGCUUUAAAUAAAGUGUUACCGAAAUGAGCGCCACAAAGAAAGCGGAAGCUCAAUUUAUACACCAUAUGCUAGAUGUAUUACACUAGAGCUAACAUGGCACAUAAUGGGCAAAUAAUGACUGACUUGGGUAGUACUCUGUUUCCCUCUGCUUAUCAGAGGUGUUUAUUGUCUUACUCAUAUGCCCCGCCCACCAGAGGAGCGCAACCCAUAUAAGGAGGUGUACCCUGACGUGUGGGUGGAGCCAGAGGCGGCAGCCUACACGCCCCCUCCAGCCAAAAAGCCUCGCAAAAGCACAGCAGCCGAGAAACCCAAGGUCAAGGAGAUGAUUGACGAGGGGACGAGAGGUGAGGCGGCUCCUUUAAGUGGCUUAAAUAGGGGUUGUGACCCCUAUAUACUUCCUCCUCAGGGAGGAUCUCAGGGCUGUGUGUGUGUGUGUGUGUGUGUGUGUGUGUGUGUGUGUGUGUGUGUGUGUGUGUGUGUGUGUGUGUGUGUGUGUGUGUGUGUGACAGGGUAGCAGGUGCUUUGUACUAGAAGUCAAAGGGUUAACACGUUCAAUUCUGUUAAUGAGUGUAGGUGUUGUAUGUUAUGUAGCUGUUAAAUGUUAUGUAGCUCUUAUCUAGCUUUUAUGUAGUUGUUAUAAAUGUACUCAGCCUAACUCUUGUUACAAUACACUUUAUAUUGUAGAUAGAUCUAUUUAAUAUCUUAAAAGCAAAAUGGAGGGGUAGGAGGAGGUAUGUCUGCAGAUUGUUUUUUACAUGUCUUGAAGAUGUCAUCUGUAAAGAUGUAUCUGUUUGCAGAUGGAAACAAAAGUAAACAUGUCAUCCCCCACGAAUGAUACAACAAACAUGCAUAUCAUAUCCUGAUCUGAAACUGUGUUCUGUCUGUUUCCAGAGAGACUUGUGUAUGAAGUGAGACAGAAGUGCAGAAGCAUAGAGGGUAAGUGUUCUGUCUCUGUGUUCAGACAGCCAGGGUCGUGUUCAGACAGCCAGGGUCGUGUUCAGACAGCCAGGGUUGUGUUCCAUUUGGUGCCUACUGAACACGACCCUGGCUACCUGAACACGACCCUGGCUGUCUGAACACGACCCUGGAAACCCGAACAUGACCCUGGCUGUCUGAACACGACCCUGGUUGUUUGAACAUAUAUGAGUCCUGAAAGCAUAUUGGCUUUCCUUAUGAAAUGUACAUUCUUCUCACAUCUGUUCAAAUAUGCUUUUUGAAUCCAAGGCUGGAUGCAUGGCAGUGGGGUUGUCAGAUCUUGUGUGCGUUGGACUUUCUUGACAGCGGAUUGCGCAGUCAGAUGGAACAGAGUAAAUAGGCAUUUUAACAUCAUAGAUUUAGCCGGUGGUAACUUGUGGAAUAGACACCGGCUGGAAUGCGAUUUUAACCAAUCAGCAUUCAGGAUUAGACCCACCUGUUGUAUAAAUGUUCAUAAAGGACUCUGUUUACGCACCUUUUUCUUUUGUGAGUAGUUGCUAGAUGCCUAUUAUGUUAAAGCAGCGUCUCUCCAUCAGAAAUCAGUUACCCACUUAUUGAUUUACAUCUCUGAGCAAUCACUUGUUGGUUUUACCACUACAUUCUGUCUUUCUCCACAGACAUCUGCAUCUCCUGUGGAAGUUUGAAUGUUUCCCGUGAACACCCUCUGUUUGCUGGAGGAAUGUGCCAGAGCUGCAAAGUAAGGAGGGAAGAAGAGGCCAUCGAGGCCAUGAAUUCAGGACCAGCUGUAGGAGUCAGGACCAGCUGUAGGAGUCAGGACCAGCUGUAGGAGUCAGGACCAGCUGUAGGAGUCAGGACUAGCUGUAGGAGUCAGGACCAGCUGUAGGAGUCAGGACUGUCUGUAGGAGUCAGGACUAGCUGUAGGAGUCAGGACUGUCUGUAGGAGUCAGGACUAGUUGUAGGAGUCAGGACCAGCUGUAGGAGUCAGGACCAGCUGUAGGAGUCAUGACCAGCUGUAGGAGUCAGGACCAGCUGUAGGAGUCAGGACUAGCUGUAGGAGUCAGGACCAGCAGUAGGAGUCAGGACCAGCUGUAGGAGUCAGGACCAGCUGUAGGAGUCAGGACUACCUGUAGGAGUCAGGACCAGCUGUAGGAGUCAGGACCAGCUGUAGGAGUCAGGACCACCUGUAGGAGUCAGGACCAGCUGUAGUAGUCAGGACCAGCUGUAGGAGUCAGGACCAGCUGUAGGAGUCAGGACUACCUGUAGGAGUCAGGACCAGCUGUAGGAGUCAGGACCAGCUGUAGGAGUCAGGACCACCUGUAGGAGUCAGGACCACCUGUAGGAGUCAGGACCAGCUGUAGUAGUCAGGACCAGCUGUAGGAGUCAGGACCAGCUGUAGGAGUCAGGACUACCUGUAGGAGUCAGGACCAGCUGUAGGAGUCAGGACCAGCUGUAGGAGUCAGGACUGUCUGUAGGAGUCAGGACUAGCUGUAGGAGUCAGGACUGUCUGUAGGAGUCAGGACUAGUUGUAGGAGUCAGGACCAGCUGUAGGAGUCAGGACCAGCUGUAGGAGUCAUGACCAGCUGUAGGAGUCAGGACCAGCUGUAGGAGUCAGGACUAGCUGUAGGAGUUAGGACCAGCAGUAGGAGUCAGGACCAGCUGUAGGAGUCAGGACCAGCUGUAGGAGUCAGGACUACCUGUAGGAGUCAGGACCACCUGUAGGAGUCAGGACCAGCUGUAGGAGUCAGGACCAGCUGUAGGAGUCAGGACCAGCUGUAGGAGUCAGGACCACCUGUAGGAGUCAGGACCAGCUGUAGUAGUCAGGACCAGCUGUAGGAGUCAGGACCAGCUGUAGGAGUCAGGACUACCUGUAGGAGUCAGGACCAGCUGUAGGAGUCAGGACCAGCUGUAGGAGUCAGGACCACCUGUAGGAGUCAGGACCACCUGUAGGAGUCAGGACCAGCUGUAGUAGUCAGGACCAGCUGUAGGAGUCAGGACCAGCUGUAGGAGUCAGGACUACCUGUAGGAGUCAGGACCAGCUGUAGGAGUCAGGACCAGCUGUAGGAGUCAGGACCACCUGUAGGAGUCAGGACUAGCUGUAGGAGUCAGGACCACCUGUAGGAGUCAGGACUACCUGUAGGAGUCAGGACUACCUGUAGGAGUCAGGACCAGCUGUAGGAGUCAGGACCAGCUGUAGGAGUCAGGACCAGCUGUAGGAGUCAGGACCAGCUGUAGGAGUCAGGACCACCUGUAGGACUCAGGACCAGCUGUAGGAGUCAGGACCACCUGUAGGACUCAGGACCAGCAGUAGGAGUCAGGACCAGCUGUAGGAGUCAGGACCAGCUGUAGGAGUCAGGACUACCUGUAGGAGUCAGGACCACCUGUAGGAGUCAGGACUACCUGUAGGAGUCAGGACCACCUGUAGGAGUCAGGACCAGCAGUAGGAGUCAGGACUACCUGUAGGAGUCAGGACCAGCUGUAGGAGUCAGGACUACCUGUAGGAGUCAGGACCACCUGUAGGAGUCAGGACCAGCUGUAGGAGUCAGGACCACCUGUAGGAGUCAGGACUAGCUGUAGGAGUCAGGACCAGCUGUAGGAGUCAGGACCAGCAGUAGGAGUCAGGACCAGCUGUAGGAGUCAGGACCAGCUGUAGGAGUCAGGACCAGCUGUAGGAGUCAGGACCAGCUGUAGGAGUCAGGACCAGCAGUAGGAGUCAGGACCAGCUGUAGGAGGGCUGUAUGUAUCAAGUGUCUGCAGCAGGAGUGCUGACUUAAGAUCAGUUUUGCUUUCAGAUCACAAUAAAAAAGAUUACAAGGACAGGUUGGACAUGAUCUCCGAUCAGCACUCCUAUGAUCUCCGGUCUAACUCCCCUCUAGGUUGGAAGUUCUGCUUUAGGUCCUAUUUAAAGCUCUCUCUUACCAAAACACAAACACAGCUUACAGGAAAGGCUCACAGAAUCACUAGACAGAUAAUGUGUGUUAACGAUAAGGCUAUUACAAUCACAACAAGCACAGUACACAGUCAGUGUUCCCUGUGAGCCAAUGACACUUAGUAUUCACAUAUUGAGUAGUGGUUUUCUGAUUGCCACUUGUUGUUCUUUUAAUAGUAAUAUUGACAUAAUAAUGUAUUCAACUUAUCGAGCGCAUAUCAUUACACAACGAAUCUCAAAGCUGAAAUGUUUUGUCAUUAUGUCCCAGAACUGCUUUCUAGAAUGUGCGUAUCAGUAUGACGACGAUGGUUACCAGUCAUACUGCACCAUCUGCUGUGGGGGACGAGAGGUGCUCAUGUGUGGAAACAACAACUGCUGCAGGUGAGUGGACUACUUUCAUAUGAUGCUGAGUUCAGUAAUAUGUGUGUUAUUGUUCAUUAACUUGAUGUGUGAUUCACUCAGUGUGUGAGUGUACCGGUUUACGUUUAUCGUUGUUGUUUGCAUAAGUGUGUGUUUCUUUGUGUGUGUGUGUGUGCGUGUACAGUAUGUUGGUUCAUACGUUUGUGUGAUUGCGUGGGUCUGUGUGUGUGUGUGUGUGUGUGUGUGUGUGUGUGUGUACAGUAUGUUGGUUCAUACGUUUGUGUGAUUGCGUGGGUCUGUGUGUGUGUGUGUGUGUGUGUACAGUAUGUUGGUUCAUACGUUUGUGUGAUUGCGUGGGUCUGUGUGUGUGUGUGUGUGUGUUUGUGUGUGUACAGUAUGUUGGUUCAUACGUUUGUGUGAUUGCGUGGGUCUGUGUGUGUGUGUGUGUGUGUGUGUGUGUGUGUGUGUGUGUGUACUAGUGUCUAGCAGUACAUUAUGUAAUCCAAGAUGGCGAAGUAGUGCAGUCCUGUUUCUGUCGUGUGUCUGUAAAUAGCCUGUAAAUACGCUACAUUUGCACACACUGUAUAUAUAUUUUCUGUUGUAUUUCUGACUUUAUGUUUUUUUUACCCCAUAUGUAACUCUGUGUUGUUUUUAUUGCACUACUUUGCUUUAUCUUGGCCAGGUCGCAGUUGUAAAUGAGAACCUGUUCUCAACUGGCUUACCUGGUUAAAUAAAGGUGAAAUAAAAAAAUAAAAAUAAAAAUUAACGUACCUCCCCCGUCCCCUCCAGGUGUUUCUGUGUGGAGUGUGUUGACCUACUGGUGGGGCCAGGCGCAGCACAGAUAGCUAUAAAAGAGGAUCCCUGGUGCUGCUACAUGUGUGAGAAGGGUCAGAAGGGGGUGUUCGGCCUGCUGGAGCGUCACACUGACUGGCCCUGCCGUCUACAGCACUUCUUCGCUAACAAUCAUGACCAAGAUUUUGUGAGUAGUUCCUCAGUACUACCUGUAUGUGUGAAGUUCACAGCCACAGAGCCACAAUGAGUCUCUGUUCCAUUGUGACACACUGUGUGUGUGUAUAACAGCCAAAUGAGCUCCCUAAAUCUGCAAUAAUGAGCAGGCAGACUAUCACGGCUAUGGGACUCUAUGAAUAGGGCUUCAAACCGUAGAGACAGCUGAUGUCAUUCCAGGCUCCCUCUCCUCUGGGUCAAAACUGAGCCGUAUCUUCCUCUCUCGCGCUCAUAGCGAAGCAGAUCGAGAGAGAAUAGAGCGCUCAGAGCGAUGGUAGUCAUAUCGGAGGCUAGAUCCAGGAGUGAGAGCUCGUAUCGAGCGUAGCGAUGCGAUCGCGGUCUCGAGCGAUGAGCGAGCUCUCUCUCUCUCUCUCUAUCUCUCUCUUAUCUCUCUCUCGCUCUCGUCUCUCAUCUCUAUCUCAUGCUCUCAUCUCUCAUCUCUCUCUCUCCUCUCUCGUCUCUCUCUCUCUCUGUUCUUUCACAGGAACAACCAAAGCUUUACCCUCCAGUCAUGGCAGAGAAGAGACAACCUAUUCGUGUCCUGUCACUGUUCGACGGCAUAGCAACAGGUUAGACAGGAAUCUCCCCUUCUGUCCUCUUCUCCCCCCCCCUCUCCUCCUUCCCCUCUCGCCUCCUCUCCUCCUUCCCCUCUCCCCUCUUCUCCUUGACACAAAGCCCUUUGAGGUCUCUGUCUCUACAAAACGUUCUGUCUGCCUCAGGUUUCACUGGGACUGGCCCCCUAACCCAUGACUAUAUUUACUACACUGACUGUCUAUUGUGGUAUAGAUAUAUAGAUAGACAUCAACCUAAUCCACACAGUAUGCUGUUUAACCAUAUUGUCUAGCAGUGCACUUAUCAUACCUUUCCUGUCUGUCCUUCACUUCCCUAUCUGUUCAAUAAAACCACACAAAAAUACAAAAGAUGGUGUAAUUCCCACUCCUGUAGAAAGACAAGACCUUCAGUGUUGUGUCUGUAUUCUGUCAUUCAGUUCAGUUCAUCAUGAUUUAAAUAGGAUCAUCCAUUCUAUCUAACCAGGAUAAUCCACUGUCAGUGUUGUCCAGGGAGUCAUGGUGUCCAUCAAAAGAACAACAACAUGCUACUGUUUGACCUCAUUGCUCUUUGACCACUGACCUUUAGGUCUGCUGGUGCUAAAGGAGCUGGGUAUCCAGGUGGAGCGCUACGUGGCGUCGGAGGUGUGUGACGACUCCAUCACGGUUGGCAUCGUCAGGCAUCAGGGACGCAUCAUGUACGUGGGCGACGUGAGGAACGUCACACGCAAACAUGUGAGUCCAUCAUAUAGUAUAAUGUUAUGAACUGUGAGAGUAGAUCAAGGCCACUCCCAAUAGCCUGGCUCAAAGACGGACGCCCUAGCCACAGUCUCUCAAUAAGGAUAUCCCAAUAGCCUGGCUCAAAGACGGACGCCCUAGCCACAGUCUCUCAAUAAGGAUAUCCCAAUAGCCUGGCUCAAAGACGAACGCCCCUAGCCACAGUCUCUCAAUAAGGAUAUCCCAAUAGCCUGGCUCAAAGACGGACGCCCUAGCCACAGUCUCUCAAUAAGGAUAUCCCAAUAGCCUGGCUCAAAGACGAACGCCCUAGCCACAGUCUCUCAAUAAGGAUAUCCCAAUAGCCUGGCUCAAAGACGGACGCCCUAGCCACAGUCUCUCAAUAAGGAUAUUACAAUAGCCUGGCUCAAAGACGGACGCCCUAGCCACAGUCUCUCAAUAAGGAUAUCCCAAUAGCCUGGCUCAAAGACAAACGCCCUAGCCACAGUCUCUCAAUAAGGAUAUCCCAAUAGCCUGGCUCAAAGACGAACGCCCUAGCCACAGUCUCUCAAUAAGGAUAUCCCAAUAGCCUGGCUCAAAGACGAACGCCCUAGCCACAGUCUCUCAAUAAGGAUAUCCCAAUAGCCUGGCUCAAAGAUGAACGCCCUAGCCACAGUCUCUCAAUAAGGAUAUCCCAAUAGCCUGGCUCAAAGACGAACGCCCUAGCCACAGUCUCUCAAUAAGGAUAUCCCAAUAGAGAAAGAUUGUAAGGCGCCUAUCAGCGAGGGUUAUUACAAUAGCACUUUAUAUGACAUUACUUCAACCGCUAAAGCACAAAAUGUAUCUCUUAGUUGGAUGAUCUGUCUAUUUUGUCUUUCUCAUCUCAUGUCCAUUGUUUUCCUGUUCUCUCGCUCCCUUGGUAACAGUUACACGAAUGGGGCCCCUUUGACUUAGUGAUUGGUGGAAGUCCGUGUAACGACCUCUCUAUUGUCAACCCAGCUAGGAAGGGUCUUUAUGGUAGGUGACAACAACCCUUUUAAAUGUAUCACUUGUGUUCUGGGACCGGUGAAUACUUAUUUCCUGUAGCGGAAUUUUAAAUGCAUGUCCUUCUCUGUCUCUCCUGUAGAGGGCACUGGUCGGCUGUUCUUUGAGUUCUACCGCCUGCUGCACGAGGCUCGGCCCAAAGAGGGCGACAACCGGCCGUUCUUCUGGCUCUUUGAAAACGUGGUGGCAAUGGGUGUCAGUGACAAGAGGGACAUCUCUCGCUUUCUAGAGGUUUGUUCCUUUACAGAGACUAUUUAACUUCUAGAAGAACGAAUUGUACUAUAUAUCAGUCAUGAAAGUCAUGUAUGUCAGUCAUCCAUUGGAAUAUGGAUUCAUGUAUUAUGAAUGACACCUUGUGGUGAUAAUUGACAGUGCAUGCUGUCAAUAUACACAUUUAGUUAGGUUAUGAAGGAACAAUUUAAACUGUUAAUUUAAAGAUAUGAAUUGAUCAUUGUAUGAGAUUCUCCUUAUACAAAAUACUAUCUCCAGUACAUCCUUCAAUUACAUCCUCCGGGUCACUAUUGCAAAAAAGAAUGUGUUUUCAAUAACUUGGUUAAAUAAAGGUUAAAUGAACAUUCUGUCUCUCCUCUUCCAGUGUAACCCGGUGAUGAUCGAUGCCAAGGAGGUGACUGCUGCCCACCGUGCCCGCUACUUCUGGGGCAACCUGCCUGGCAUGAACAGGUUGGUGAGAGAACGGUGAGGGAAGAAACAGCCAGCCUGUCACCUAAAGCAAUUUAUACCUGGGCUAGUUCCUGAGCCAGUCAAACCCCGGAACCAAAUAAUCCUAAUCACCUUUUUUAUCUCUCCCCCCUCUCUUCUCUCUCUCCCUCUCUCUCUCUUCUCUCUCUCUCUCUCUCUCUCUCUCUCUCUCUCUCUUUCUCUCUUUCUCACACAAUCUCGCUCUCUCGCUCUUUCUCUCUCUCUCUCACACACACCCUCUCUCUCUCUCUCUUUCUCUCUCACACACACUCUCUCUCUCUUUUACUCUCUCACACUCUCCUCUCUCACUCUCUCUCUCUGUCUCUCUCUCUCUCUCUGUCUCUCUCUCACUCUCUCUCUAUCGAUCUCUCUCUCUAUUUUCACACAUCCCUUACUUUUCCAUCUCUAUUCCUCUUCAGACCGUUGACGGCCAUGUGCACUGACAGACUAGACCUUCAGGACUGUUUGGAGCACGGCAGAACAGCGAAGGUCAGUUAUUCUUGUAUUUUUGUAGCUGUGCUUUUGCUGCUGUGGCAUUGACCAAAUUAUGCAUAUGGCCAAAAAUAUAAUUUAUAUUAUUCAUUAAUUUGAUUAACUUAGUUCAAGAUAUUGUUGAGUGUGAGUACCUUUUGAACUGUCGAAUGAAAUGUUUGGUCAUAUGGACAAUUUGGUCUGUAAACAAUACUUGGUGAUCCUAUUCUCAUGCACCAGCCGCUUAGUGUGUCCACCCUCUGGUUUCCCCUCAGUUUGGCAAAGUGAGGACCAUCACCACUCGCUCUAAUUCCAUUAAGCAGGGUAAAGACCAGCACUUUCCCGUCUUCAUGAACGAGAAGGAGGACAUUCUCUGGUGCACUGAGAUGGAGAGGUAGGAACUGAUUACCUUUCAAAUUAUUUAAUCAUACCAUAAUUAAAUGACUUUAAUACGAGCAGUUUUUCACAGUGAGAUACCUCUUUAUUAUAAAAUGAUUCCCUUACAGAAAGUGAUAGAUAUGAUUCCAAUGUACCCUCCUAUGGAGAACCUAAAGUCAAUCUCACAGCAAAUAUAGCCCCAUGUCACUCAUUCUCAAGGCUCUCUUCCUCUCUUUUUCCCUCUGUAUCUAUCCAUCUGUCUCUUGCUCUGUCUGUCUCUUGUUCCCUCUGGUGGCUGUCUGGUUACUGUCUCCCUCCCCAGGGUGUUUGGCUUCCCAGUCCAUUACACAGACGUGUCCAACAUGAGUCGGCUGGCCAGGCAAAGGCUUCUGGGAAGGUCGUGGAGUGUACCGGUCAUCCGCCACUUGUUUGCACCACUCAAAGAAUACUUUGCCUGUGUUUAACAAGACUUGGCUCAACAAACCAUCACAAACAUAUAACUGAUGUUGUAACUAGAAACAUGAGCAUUGGUGAAAUUAUACUACUCCCUGGUAUCAUUUCCCAGGCAAGCAAAACAUCAUCAACGUAAAUAUUUCACAUUAUUUCUAGUAAUUUGAAAUGUUCUUCUUAUUCUAUUUAAUAUGUAUAUGUAAUUUUACCUUUUAGCAGUGUUAUCCAGUGUUAUUUUUUAAAUUGAUUUAUUUGUGCAAGCUAUACUUGAGACAAGGCUUUCUUCUCAAGGCACUGAGAAAGAAGUAACUAGGAUCUGUGUGGUUUUUAGAAUAAGGACUGGGAUUGGAUGAUUGGAAAAUAUCUGAAAGAGAGUUUAUGAUACUGUAUGUGCAGUAUGUAUGUGAAAGAUGUUGGCUGUGUAGGCAUGAUUUUCUAUUGGCCAAUAUCUGAAGUGGGUGAAGCAAGCCACCGAUAGUAUAGUCAUGUUGUGUUUUGAUUCCUCCAGCUACUGAGCCUCGCAGAGCUAAAGUGAAUAAGGGUGAUUUUCUUCAGUGUGACAGAAAGCUGUGUCUUAAUGAAUCCAAAACACCAGAUCACAUAUACCUCUUUGUUUAAAGUUUAUAUACACAGUUAACUGAAGGUAAAGGUACUACUGUAAAAUGGUUCCAAUACCCAUGGUGCUUCACGACGAUAGGAAGCAUCACAGUCCAUGUGGCACAGGCACUACACUUUAGACAAGAUGGGAAUUUUAAAGAUAACAUCGCCUGGAAGGUUUUUUUUUUCAGUGUAAUGUUUUGACUAUUUAAAGAAGUUCUGUGUUAUUUUAGUAACUUUAAAUGAUUUCAAAGUGGCGAUUAAUGAAGGCGUGGUGACAGAAGACUGCAGAAUAAUAUGCCAUAUCCUCUUUUCUGUUUUACAGCUUUUAUAAACAUCAAUUCUACUGGUGUUUUUUUAAAAUCAUUUUUCAAGCCUUGCUACAUAUAAACUCAGGCUCCCAUGCAUGCCUGUGUCUAACUCUGCACAAACAGAAAAUGAAGCUAGCCACAUGGGCAGUGAUGUAUUCUGUCGUUACAACAACAACAACAACAUACCUUAAGAUCAAAGUCUGUGGUGAACUACUUUUUUCAAGUUUCAUCCUGACCAAUGUCGUUACUGUACAACUGUUAGUGAGCAUGGUGGUUGGACUGGAGGGAGGGCGGGUGGCCUGGGUUUUCCACAACAAAGUAAAGACUCUCCUUCCCUUUUCACCCCUGCAAACUACAUACUGUCAGGUGCAAAUCUUCUAACAAUAUGGUGCGGCUUCACAAUGUUCUUCUACCUUUUUAUAGCAAUUUUGUGCUGUUUUACCAACAUUAUAAAGCACUUUUGAUAUGUAUACUUCCUUUUUUUUCUUUAGUAUUUUAAAAUGUUUCUUCUUGGUUUUUCUUGUGAAAUGUUAUGUUUUUGUUUUUAUGAUGUAAACUGUUCUACAGCUGUGUAAUACAGUAUGUUUUCUAUACAGUAGGGCUGUGCCAAUAGAAGUGGAAGAAUGGACUCAUAGAAUUAUGUUAAAUCCAUGUAUCCAUGGAAAUGAUUGAUUAUUGAUCCUACUCAAUGUACAGUAGAUGAAUAGAAAAUGAUUGAUGUGCCCCAUUUCCAUAUCGUCUUCUGUUGAGAGCCGUAAUUCAGUAUGUCAUCCUCUGGAUAAAAAAAGAAUGUGUCUAUUUCUAUUAAGAUUGUAGGAUUUAAAAC